CUACAAGACCUUGUCUGACUCAGUGUUAUGGGGGGGUCUCAUCCCAUGGAGAGGGGGUCCCCAGCACUCCAGGGGACUGAAACCCCAGUGGGCCCUGCUCAGGCCACCGGCCCCAACUUGGAAAAGCCAGGUCCUCCCACACCUACUGUCCCCACAGAAGUCCUUCGGGCUCACCCUGAGACUGUGGGAUGUGUUUAUCUUGGAGGAGCGCCUCAUGAAGCUUUCCUGGAGCACCUUCUGGGAGUUUCAGGAGCGACUCUCUCAGAGCUGGGCCCUGGAGGACAACGCGGUCCUCAGGAACCUUCAAACCUCCAUGAAGGAACUCACAAGGAAACACUGGGACCUGCCACCCUCAGCGGAGCAGGUGUCCUCGAGGGUGUUCCCUGGCAUUGAGACCCUCUGUGAAGGAGACAGACUGGCCGUCCCCACUCCACCAGCUCAGCUCCCGGAGCUCAUGCCAUCAGUCCCCCUGGGACAAAAGCCUUGUCCUCUCCCAGCCUGGCCCGAUGGGGCUGUCCCCAAGGCCCAGGCCCAGGCCCAUCAGCACGAAGGGGCUUCCCCAGAGCCCAGAACAGAAGACUGCUCUCUGGGAGGCCAGAGGCUCGAGAUGAGGGCAGCCUGUCCCUUGGUGAGGUCAGGCUUUCUAUUACAUGGAAACACUUGUCCAGGAACACUAGGCCACAGCUCCACACAGACCUACAUGUCGGGGGUCCAUGUUUCCUGUGCUGCCAUUUUGAACACGGCUCCUGGGACUCUGUCACUUCUCCAUCUUCUGUGGACAGCAGCCCUGGAACAAAAAGACGCACCCCACCCAGCGAGCCCACUGGGACCCCGACGCCAGGCCCUGCCGGGGUUUAUGACAGAGAGGAGGCACUUUGAAAGACACCAAGCAACAAGGUGUCCCCUGUCUGCAACUCCCCUCAGUAGAAGAACAACAUGGCAUGGAAGGAGCCCAGGUGGCACCCGCCUAGCUGCCUUGCAGCCCCAGAUGGCUGCUGGCUGUUUUUUACUGAUGUUUUAUUUUUAUUUUAUAUUUUUGGCUUCUGGGCCUUGGGAAAUACUCAAUGGUGAACUUGGUCCCAUCAAGGCCUCUGGAGGGAGCUGAGCAUGGGGUUCCUGCAGCCCCAGCCAGCCAGCAGCGUGCCCUGGGGCUCCUGACCCCAUCUGUGGGUCACAGCCCCUCCUCCAGGGCCCAAGUCCCCGGCCCAGAGGGACCUGGCUUCAUCCUGAGUACUAGGAGGAGAGGGGCACCAUAGGCCCCCAGGUGACCACACAGGGGACCAGGGCACAGCGAGCGUUGGGUGCUGCGAGAAUUCACAUCAGACAACCUGGACAAGCAGGGCCAGAGAUGCUGAGCCCGUACAGUGAUGAUAUGGGCGGCUGGCACAAGGGGUUAACAGCUGUGAACACUGACGCCUCUUCCCAACUCCAUCACUGCACUGCAGGCAGUCUGCACCCCAAAGCCUGGCCCAACAACGCCCCAACAUGCCACCUGGAGGCUUUGAGGCCCUGCCUACCACACCACCCUCCUCCUGGAAGCCUCGUCCUGCAGCCUAGCCGCUGCUGCAGCCAUAGCAGCUAUCACUGCCAAGCACCUUCCAGACGGGCUUCCCAGAAGGCGGAGGAGCCUCAGCAGCUCAGACUGUGAAGGUGGUUUCAUCCACAUUUCCAUUGUUCCACCAAAGAGAAUCCCUGCAGAGGAUGCUCUUGAUAAAAGGUGGGCAAAAUGGCACACCAGGUAGAUGCAGUCAGCUUCUUUUCUGGCCACCACAUUAGGUUGGGGACAAAGUGACCAUCAGACAGGCAUGGGACACAAGAGGCUCAGCAUGCUGCAUGUGCCCUGACCAAGGCUGACCAGGCCGACACCACUGCCGAGCAUCCCAUCUGCUGAUGAGAGACUUGGUGUCAAUCCCUGGGCUGACCCUGUUUCCCAGGAGGACCGGUUGACCACCUGUGGGCGCACUGCCCACACUGUGGAGGGAGCUGAGAUUGGCCUUCACUGCAGGGAGCCCCUACCUGGAUAUAGACUUGCUCAUCCUUCCUGUCACCAUCAUGGCAGCCCACAUGGCAUUGCUUUUGACCAGGUCAUUUCAUUCACAGCGAGGGACAUGCAGCAGUGGCCCCUGACCAGGGAACUAACUGUUCUCACUACGUCAGCCACCACCUGGAAGCAACUGGGUUUGGCUUAGGAUCACUUAGUUGCGAUCGUAACUGGAGUUGCUGAAGUGAUAGUUUGUUUUACAAGAUAAAUGUUAUGCUUUCUACUGGAAACCAGUGUACAGUGCUGACUCCCUGACAGCCAGAAGGUGUAGUUCUGAAAGUGAAAGUGUGAAAGUGGACGAUGUUCAGUAUUGCACCAAAUGUCUUAGUCACAGUUUUCCUAUGCCUGUCCUGGAGAAAUGGAGCUUUGCUGGUUGGAAGGUCUGAGGACCCAGGCAGAGUGAAGCUUCCCCCAGGG